AACCCAUCUUGCCGAAGACUUCACGCAGCUCCUGAAGCAGGGGAACUAAUAUGUCGAUGGAAGAUCCCUUUUUCGUGGUUAAAGGGGAGGUGCAGAAGGCCCUGUCCAAAGCUGAGGGGCUGUUUGAGCGCUGGGAGGAGCUACUUCAGGAUGAAACACCAGUUAGCCGUGAUGAGCUGGACUGGAGCAACAAUGAACUUCGUAACUGUCUGAGGGCCAUUGAUUGGGACCUAGAGGACCUACAUGAAACCAUCAGUAUUGUGGAGGCAAACCCUGGAAAGUUCCGUUUAGGAGAGAAUGAACUACAAGAGAGGCGAGAUUUUGUGGAGCGCACGCGGAAAUCUGUGCAGCUGAUGAAAGAGCAUCUGGCCAGUCGCUCAGCUGUGGCUCAAGCAGAGAAGAAAAACAAACAGGCUUUGCUGGGAGCCACAGCAAAGGAUCGGUACGCCGGCCUGGAACCUCAUCUGGUGUCCGCGAACUCCAAAUAUAUUCAGGAGCAACAGGAACAGCAGCAGCUGAUCGUGCAGGACCAGGACGAGCAGUUGGAGCUGGUGUCAGGCAGCAUCCGUGUCCUAAAGGACAUGUCCAGCAGGAUAGGAGACGAGCUGGACGAGCAGGCAGUCAUGCUCGGUGAGUUUAGCGAGGAGAUGGACCAGACCGGUUCUAGAAUGGACUCGGUGUUGAAGAAAAUGGAGAAGGUUUCACACAUGACCAGCAGUCGGAGACAGUGGUGUGCUAUCGGAGUUCUUGUAAUCAUACUGAUUGUGGUGCUCAUCCUGUUCUUUGCCAUUUAAAUCCGACUUCUCUCUGGUUUGGCCUUUCAUCAUCCCCAAAGCCUCCCCGGUUUUAUUGAGGAAGACAGCAGGGGUUCUUCCACAUCAGCUUCCAUUUUCUUUGUGAGAAAAAGAUCAGUUAUUUUUAUAGUCGUUCCUCGUCUUUGUGUCAUCAUCUAAGCCAAACAUCCAUUUCUCUCUCUUUAUCAAUUACGGCUUCUGGAUUGAGCUCAUUGUCCUCUGCAAAGUCGAUUUUAGAGCGCCACUGAGGCUGAAAUUGAACUUUUUAUCGGGGAAAUAUACCCUUUUUUAUUUGGUUGUGGUGUUGAGAAAUUUGACAUGGCCUUAUUAUGUGUAUAUAUAUAUAUUUUUGGGAUUUUAAUGACAGUACGGUAAAAGUAAAAUAUGUAUACCCUUGUAGGAACCUAUUAAGACCAUAAAUACUUGCAGUAGUGGUUAGUGUGAAAGUAAUGUCAUCUAAACGGUUUCUUUGUGCGAGGAAGGAGAAUCAACUAUGAGAAGCACAACGUGUAAAUCGGGGUAUUAUUUAAUGCAUUACUUUUGAGAUUACUGUAAAUUGACUAAAGUUUCAUGUUGCAAUGGAGAGUAUGGAGUAAUUAGUCUUAACACUUUGGUUAAUUUAACAGUGUGGCCUAAACCUUCAUUGCAAGUGCAUACUUCAUACCCAUAUUACCCCAGAAUAUUAUGAAUGUGUAUGAUAUUAAAAUGAAAGCCGCCUAGUGCAUAAUGUAUGUUCUGAAAUGCAGCUCUAUGAACUGACUAUCCCUGACAGAGCUGAUACGACCCCACAAUUAUGAUCAUAUAUUACCUCAUUUUGUUGUUUUCUCGUCUUGUUGCAAGUGCUCAGAUCCUAUAAUGUUCCUCCCGUCUGUGGGCGUCCUGAUGUGCGUUUUGUACUUGUAUAAUGUGCCAAUGAGUUGUUUCCAGGGAGUCGGGACACCAUGUGUCUAUCAGUGAAUGUAUUAUUUUUAUGAAGCCCGUAUUAAAUCCUACGUUAACAUAAUUUGGGACAGAUUUUAGUAAUGUUUUGUCUAUUUUAAGCUUGCUCUAUAACUUAUAAGUAUAAUAAACCUUAAUUAUCUGAACAUUAGGUCUUCAAACACUCCAAGCAUAAGAUUGAAUCCUCUUCUGUAAGCCUUAAUGACUGUCAAUUAAAAGUGCACAAAAAAAAAGUGUUAUAAUCUAAUUUGAAUUUGCAAAGCAACAAUUGUGAUGUCAUGUCAGUGCUGCCUAUGUAUACAUGAUUGCAUUUCAAAAAUCUAAUGCCCAUGUCAUUUGUUUUUGUAAGCAUUUUCCUAAGAUUGUAUUAUAUAAGAUGCCUUUAUUUUGGCAUCAUGUGGAAUCCACAUGGGUUCCUGAAUAAAGUUUAUG